ACAGCGUAGAAGAAGAGCGCUGUGACGUCAGGAGGAGGCUCAGGACAAGAUGGCGGACUCCGUGAGUUUGUUUGGAGGAAGAGUUCCUGCAGAAGUGGAGCAGCUGGCCAAGCAUCUAAAGAGUCUGGACAGAGACACGUUCACACAGAUGCUGAGCGCCGUGCUGAAGGCCGUGGACGGUCUGGACUGCUGUGAGACUGUGAGACUGAUCUCAGAGAGCAGCGUGAUCUCAGAAGACAGCUUUAACCACGCCGUGGCUGGGCUGUAUGCUCUUCUCAAAGAAGCUCUGUGUCUGCCGUCUCUAAGACAAGAGGUUUUUAACGAGGAUCUGCGAGCGCUUCGGGUCCCUGAGGAAUUCAUUGCAGACAUGUCCAGUGCUGUGUUUGGAAACAGACAAACCUCUGUGAAUAUCAGCGGCACACAUCAAGGCCCGACCCUGCCGAAGAUCCAGGACUUUAAAUGGAGAGUCGAUGUUGCCAUUUCCACAAGCUCGCUGUCUCGAGCUUUGCAGCCCUCUAUUCUCAUGCAGAUGAAACUGUCUGAUGGUCAAGUGCAUCAAUUUGAGGUUCCAGUUGGCAAGUUCCAGGAACUUCGUUACAAUGUUUCGCUAAUUCUAAAGGAAAUGAAUGAUAUAGAGAAGAGGAGUAUUCUCAAAAUACAAGACUGAAGAGAUCAUAUUAUCAUAUUCUGUUGUAAGACAAUAUAUCAGAUUUUUUUUAUUUGGAUUAUAAUUUUCUAAUAUUUGGUAUUAAUUGCACUGAAUUCAUUAUUAACCGUUUGUUUCUGUUGUACUUGGUCUGCCAAGCUGAAGUCUUGUCAACACAUUUUUGUUGUAAAAAAUAAAUGUCUGUUGCCUUUUUUUUCUGAA